AUGUGAUAGUGGAUAUUAUGACGUCAGAUGAAUGAAGUCUUAGCCAAGAUGGCGGCUGCUGGAGGAGAGCCCUCUACCCAGAGUGGUCCGGAUGAUUUGUUCAAUCAUUUCUACACAGAGGUAAAGCAGAUAGAGAAAAGAGACUCUGUGCUAACCUCGAAGCAGCAAAUAGACAGGCUGCUCAGACCUGGGUCAUCCUACUUCAAUUUAAACCCGUUUGAGGUGUUACAAAUUGAUCCAGAGGCAACAGAUGAGGAGUUGAAGAAGAGGUUCAGAGCGUUGUCCAUCUUGGUCCAUCCAGACAAGAACCAGGAUGAUCCAGACAGAGCACAACUAGCCUUUGAAGCUGUGGACAAGGCAUACAAAAACCUGCUGGACCCAGAACAGAAGAAGAGGGCAGUUGAUGUGAUCCAAGCAGGAAGGGAAUAUGUUGAGCAUAAUAUGAAAGAGAAGAAGAAACAGCUGAAGAAGGAUGGGAAGCCUCAAUUCUUGGAGGAGGAUGACCCAGAAAUGUUCAGACAGGCGGUGUACAAGCAGACUAUGAAGCUGUUUGCAGAGCUUGAAAUCAAGAGGAAGGAGCGGGAAGCCAAGGACAUGCAUGAAAGGAAAAGGGCAAGAGAGGAAGAGAUUGAGACGGCAGAGAAAGCUAAGCGAGAGAGGGAAUGGCAGAAAAACUUUGAGGAAACAAGGGAUGGGCGAGUGGACAGUUGGAGGAGUUUCCAGGCAGGCAAGAGCAAGGCUAAAAAAGAGAAGAAACCCCGGUCCUUCCUGAAGCCUCCUAAAGUCAAGAUGGAGCAGAGAGAGUGACGUCUGUUGAGAUGUGAGGGUUAAGGAUACUACCCAAAGGCUACAUCCCGAUUCUUCACCCUUUUCCAGAAGUGUAUACUGACACACUCCACGUGAUGUUUUAAAAGCAUAUGAGUGGUGUGUAAGAGUUGGCUGGAGGGAGUUUCCACCAUUGUAAAAAUUCCACCAUAGCAAGCGUACACUUCGGGAGAAGGUUGGUGAAAUUGAGACUCAGCCCAACAUUCUUACUUACACUUGACAGUGCAUCCAGCCUCCUGAGAAAUGUAGUUUUGUGCUCGUUUAUUUUUUAUUUUUUAUGUACAUAAUUGUGAUCUGCAACCUCCAUGGGACCAUCACACUUACUGGCCUCAAAGUAGACAAGAUGACAGGAAAUCUUCCAUUUCUGUAUCCACCUUAGUUUGACUGGACUUUUUGUGGUGUGUGUUCUUUUUUUUCUUUUUUUACCUUUAAAUAAAAGCUUGUUUGUAACAAGCCAA